AUGUCUGCAAAAACCAAUGCCACCGUCAAGGGAGGAGUCAACAGAGGCGACACCUUCCAGAAACCCCCACCUUCCACAUUUCCAUCCUACGAAAAGCCUCCAUUGAGUGCCCUCAUCAACUGCGACGACUUUGAAGAAGUGGCAAAAAACACACUGGCCAAAAAGACAUGGGCAUUCUACAGUUCGGCGGCAACGGAUUGCUAUACCUAUGAGAGGAACAGGAGUUUCUUCAGCCGUAUCUGGUUUAGACCCCGUAUCUUGAGGAACGUCAGCAAGAUUGAUACUACGACGACGAUUCUUGGUCAUGAUGUUGGUGUGCCGUUUAUGGUGCAUCCGGCCGCGUUGGUCAAGCUCGUGCACCCGGACGGUGAGAAGGGGAUUGCGAGGGGUCUCAGCAAGGAGAAUGUGCCAUAUUGUGUAAGUCUACUAUAUUCAUUGAUGGUGACUAGAUUGAAGCAAGGUAUACUGAUUCCAAAACACAGNGUGUCCAGCAAUGCUUCAUACCCCAUCGACGAAGUCGUCUCAUCAGUAGCCAAAGGCCAACCCUUCUUCUUCCAACUCUACGUCAACAAGGACCGCAAGCAAUCAGAACAACUCCUCAAGCGAGUCCGCGCCGCCGGCUGCUCAGCCGUCUUCGUCACAGUCGACGCACCCGUACCAGGCAAGCGCGAGGCCGACGAAAGAGUCUCUGCAGACCCCAGCACAAAUGCACCCAUGUCGGGCGCCAAAGCUGUCAACGACAAGAAAGGCGGCGGUUUGGGCAGAAUCAUGGGUAAUUAUAUCGACAGCAGUUUGAGCUGGGACGACAUGCAGUGGCUGCGUCGUUGCUGGGAUGGCAAGAUUGUGCUCAAGGGCAUUCAGAGUGCUGAGGAUGCCAAGAUGGCUGUUGAUGCUGGUGUCGAUGGCAUUGUGUUGAGCAACCACGGCGGCAGGAGUUUGGACACUUCGCCACCAUCCAUCAUGAUCCUGCUCGAGUGCCAACGCCGUUGUCCAGAGAUCUUCGAACGACUGGAGGUUUAUGUCGAUGGCGGAAUUCGUCGAGGCACUGACAUCUUGAAGUGUCUUUGUCUGGGAGCAAAGGCAGUUGGUCUUGGACGACCAUUCUUGUACUCGGUCAACUAUGGAGCCGAGGGAGUAGAGCAUAUGGUUGACAUCCUCAAAGACGAGCUAGAGACAAGCAUGAAGUUGGUCGGCAUCAACAACCUCUCAGAGGUGCAUCCUGGUCUGAUCAACAGCUUGGACGUCGACCAUCUAGUGCCUACCACAGCGGAUCACCCCUACGCUAAAUGGAGCCCAACGAGGAGACCAAAGCGGUCGGCACGCUUGUAG